CGGACGCACUUCCGAUGGCGACGCCACGGAAGCCGAUCAAGCUCACGCUGCCGUCCCACAAGACCACCAUCGGCAAGUUCCUGACGCACAGCGGGACGUUCACGGACGGGGAUCUGCGCGUCAACAAGGACGGCCUGCGCAUCGUCUCGCGGAGGGAGGGAGGCGAGGCUCCUCCUAUAGAGCCACUGGAUAGUCAACUGAGCUUAGAUGAUCUAGACGUUAUAAAAGUGAUCGGGAAAGGUAGCAGCGGAAAUGUGCAAUUGGUCCGCCAUAAAUUUACUGGCCAGUUUUUUGCUCUGAAGGUUAUUCAACUAAAUAUUGACGAGAGUAUACACACACAGAUUGCCACUGUCUCCUGAGCUUCGUGCACAAGCAACUGAUCCGAAGAGCAGGCAAGGUCACAGGACCCUGGAUGGAAG